AUGCGAAGCAGAGGCACACGCAUUGAUAUACAGGGCAUAACAUGUUCGGGAUUGGCUUAUUACUUGCAAGGAGUGGUGAUGAAAAGUAAAGGCCCAGUGUUCGUGACAGCAUUUAAUCCUCUGGGAAUGGUAAUCGUGGCUAUCAUGGGCUACUUCCUUCUGGCUGAGCAAGUUUUCCUUGGAAGAAUGACUGGUGCCGUAAUCAUUUGUUUGGGCCUAUACUUUGUGGUGUGGGGAAAAAGCAAAGACAAUUAUGGCCCAGAAGACCCAAAUACUCAAGAGCCCAUAGAGGAGAUGGAAAGUGCUAAGAAGGAAAAUUUCACUUGCUGCACUCAUGGAGUCACCACUGCUACCAAUUUAGGAAAUGGAAACACAACUCCAAGUGAAGAACAAGUGUGAGGAAAACUUGCCAAUUUAGUUUCUAAAUCUUCAACUAUUUUACGACAUUCCACCAAUGUCUGUAUAAGCAAAAGCAGCCAUGUUUCUUCCUGGUUGUUUAAUCUUCCAAGAAAUACAACAUCACAGAAUUUUAACGUUGUAUUGUAAGUUAUCUAAAACAAAGUAGGUAGAUAUGUAGCACAUAGCAUUGAGACAAGACAUAGAUGGCGGUGCUGGAUUAAAUCCACUGGAUAAAAUGAAUGAGAACAUCACAGAAUAUUGUGUUGUAUUAA